GAUAAAAUAUAUUGUUAACAUUUUAAUUGUUUGUUUCUUUUAAAUUUGAAAUCUCUUUUUUCAGAUAUUAGAACAAUUUAAAGAGUAUUGGAUUUAAAUAAAAAAAUGACAGUAAAAUAUGUAGAAAAUAAUCAAACAAUGUUAGUAAAAAAAUGUUUGAGUCGGAAAGGAUGAGUUCAUCCUCGUCUUUGCCUCGUCGUUCUCGUAGUGGCAAUGGAGAAGAAGAGAGGCAAAAAGCAAGUGCUGGGCCGAUGCAGAAACAGUGCUGGCAACAUCGUCUGCAAACGUUUCUGUAACUGCCAAGGUUGCCUCUCCUUCCAAUAUGACCAUAUUGUUCCCUUCUCGAAAGUCGUCUUCUUCUUUUUCUUAUUCUUUAUUUCAUAUCUGGUGCUUUCCUGUAAAACACUGGUUUUCAGGUGCCAUGCUACUCUUAAUGGAUUUCAAAUGCCUUCUCUUGCUGUCACUGAUAAUCGAAUUUUUGCUAAAUCAGCACGUCCUUUGUUCCUGAGCAUCUCUGAGCUUGCGAUUAUCGAAAUGGCUGUUUAUGGGGAUGUAAUCCGGCCUGGUAAUCAUUGUCGUUGCAGAACUGUUGCUGAAAUGCUUGGACAAUACAAAUCAAAAGACAACUUGGCUGCAUGCAAAUUGCCGUUUGAUAAAGAAUCUGUAUAGCAAGCAAGGGCUAUAAGUUGAUGCCGGAAUCUUAGGAAGAUUUUAAGCUACCUGUUUUUCAUUCUGUAUUUCUGAUUUUGUGCAAGAUGCUGAAAGCAUAUGGUCAUUUGAUAGGAAUGUUAACUGAAAUUGAAUAUCCCCGAAUCGUUGGGGCCAUUAAUUGAACAUGUGUAUCACAUCCUUGAUUAUACUUUGACAUAAUGAGAUGCCAUUUUCAUUUCUUUUUCCAUGUAUUUCGUGUGGCAGUGUUGCUUUGUCAAAGGUGGGUCGAAUUGUGCUUCAAUGUUUCAUAUUUCUAACGUAAAACAGGGUUUAAUUGAGUUGGGGAUAACUCCAUUGUCUUGACUUGGAAAAAGAACAGAGAAAAAUGGAGAAGGAAUGAUUGAGCUCAUUGAACUAGUUUCCGAUGCCUUGCUGCCCAAGUUUUAUCUUAAAGGCAUGAUAGCAUGAUACCAUAAAUCAACCAUCAGCCUUGAAUAUGUUCUCAGCUG